GAACAGUCCCCCACCUCUGUCACAAUUUCCUUCCCCUCUCCUCCUCAUUUGCCUUCAACCUCGCACUCCCCUCUCCCCUCUACCGUCAACUACAACCGACAGCAGUAGUCUAAAGCAUGAGCGCAACGACAGGGUCCGCCACACCGGCUUCCCCUUGUGAUGGCCGCAAGCACCCUCCGACUCGCAGGGGCAUCAUCGUGGAUGUCAUGGUCGAGAGCGCGGACAAGUUUGUCGACUUCAUGGGAAAAGCCGCCAAAGCCAAGGAGUACUUCCGCUUCCCCGACGAGGACGGCAAGAUCAUGCACCUCGCCAUAGACAUCGGCGGCGUAGCGCUGUACGUCGAGGAGCUCGGCAACAAGAUGGACACCGGCGCCAUCAGCACCCCUCACGGCCGCCUGCACCUCAACACCGAUGACCCAGCCGGCGUUGGUGCCAAGCUGGUGGAGCACGGUGCCAAGGAGCUCACCAAGAUGGCCGAGCAGUUCUGGGGUGCCACGUUCGGUGUUUACCAGGACCCCUUCGGUCAGAUCUGGUCGGUGUCAAACUCCACCAACACCAUCGAGGACGUGCCCAAGGAGCUGGCGCGCAAGAUCAUCCCGUUCGUCAGCGUCCGUGACUGCUCCGCCUACAUGACCUUCCUCACGGAUGCUCUGGGAGCCGAGGUCGUGUACCCCCCUGCCAAGGACCCCACCGGCAAGAUCAUGUGCGCGGAGAUGAAGAUCAACGGCGGCAUUAUCAUGCUCGGCGACCACUGUAGCAAGGACGCGAGCAAGACGGAAGCCUCGAUGACCAUCGCGUACGAGGUCGGGAAGGACGAAGCGGGACCACUGGCCAAGUCCUUCAAGGACAACGGCGGGGAGGUCCUCGAGGAGGUGUCGAUGCAGUUCUGGGGACAAGUGUGGGGCCGCUGCCACGACCCCUUCGGUCAACCGUGGGGCUUGUGCGAGGUACAGGAGGGGCCUCCUCCUUCCAACGAAGACAUGGCCAAGGACAUGGAGAUCGGCGCCAAGUACAACUGGCGCUACAACUGGGUGGUUGAGGACAUGCCUAUCGUGUACUGUUACGGAGCGAUGUCCACAAGUGCCGCGAACGGUCCCGCCAUAAGCGAAGAGAUCAACAAGACGCUCCCCGCCGCCUUCGCGGGAGCCGCCGCUGCCGGGCUCGCCAUGGCCGGCCCCCCCGCGUCCGCCUACUACACCUGGGAUUCUUCCCCCGGUGGGACCACCAAGUUCACCUGCGGGCCCUCGGUGGCCGGCGGCGGCGCCUCCGCUCUGAUGAAGGACGUGAACGGAGACGACAUCGGCCUCGGCGUGAGGACCGCCGGCGGCUGCAAGUGCGUUACGACGCUUCACACGGGGCCGUACGAUGAGCUCAAGAAGUGCUACGAGGCGACCUUCGAGUGGGUCGAGGCUAAGGGUUACGAGUCGCGCAUGCCCGUGUUCGAGUUGUACGAGAACGACCCGAAGGACACCCCGCCCGAGAAGCUCAAGACCAAGGUCUGCAUCCCGAUCGUGGCCAAGGGCACCCCUAAGGCUUGAGAGACGCCCUGAAGGCGUGGCAGCGUGGUAUGUCAUCAAAGUAGAGAGCGGGUGGGCGAACUCCCUCGUCUGCCUUGAUCUUGUGGGGGUCGUCGUCGCUCGCUCGCACGUCUUGGGUCUCCGCCAAACCACUCCGAGAACGAGAGUUGGGUGUCUGAAUCCUAGUGAUGAAGCCAUUGCGCGUGCUGAGUCCGUUUCGAGGCCUGAUGGAGAUUGAGGCUGUACUUCGUGUCGGUUUCCUAAGCGAACACCAGUACAUACCACUGUAUCCGCGUUUUUCUACAAGGGCAUGGGUUUUGUUGUGGUUGUUGGAUAUCGAUCGUUCGAUCAGUCGUACGAGCGUACGACGGAGUGAGUGUAGAACGGUUCGUUGUCUGUUCUUGUAGACCGUGGCGGGGCGGGCUCUACCAAUUAGUUCUUCGGAGAAUUCUUGUGUUGUCACUAGUGCUGUAAUACGUUGAGCGUGUUCGUGGGGAAAGGUGGAUGAGGAGGUGAAGCACCCAAGCAACAAUGGCUGAGAAAAUGGGGACGCCGGCUUGUAGCAGCAGUAGUGGAUGCAUGAACUAUCUUUUUUCAUCGAGUGUAGGGCGUUGUUGCCAUCGUAAGCGGUGCGCUGGAGGAAGUGUCGAUUACUUGUUGGAUUUUGUGCUUGUUUGCAACCCGUGCAUCAGGCGAUGCACGCGUGCGGUGGCGGAGGAGCGGGGAGUGUCGGUGGAUUAAACUGUUCCUCACUUGAGUUCCCCUUCCACCCCCUCUCUUGUCUUUGUCUCGUAUGAUGGUCCCUUGUCUUUGUUCACUCUCUUGUUGUCGAAUUCAUUGAUAUUUGUCUCUCGUUUCAUGGGCAGAUCGAACACAAGCAGUGGUGUGUCAUCGUGCACUUCAGAUCGCUUGCUGCCGACUCGUGUGUAUGGUACUUUUCGCUUGGUUGUCGUGAAUAUGGCCUGAAGUUGGGAACUGUGAGGUUUCGUGACUCUGCGUUAUGUCGAGGUGUCUUUUUGACAGAGCGUGCCUCUUUCAUGUUCAGUGGUACGUGCAAAGUCGAUUUUGUGUGUUUUACGUAGGAAAUCUCCAGGGGUACUAGUUUGACUUGCGUUCGUUUACACAACCUGCGGGCUGUCGUACAAGGGUUCUUGUCUUGUGGCGAGGAUGCUUGCGUUUCGCUCUUUGACGCGGGGAUCUCUGCUCAUUGAAUUGUUUACUUGUAGCACCGCACCCGUUGUGGUGAUUCGAGCACUUAAGCAUUAGUCAAGUGCCCUGGGGGGGUGACAAGUGUGUCAUCAGUUUGCCGUCUCACGGACAGAACGGCAAAAUACAAAAGGGAUAUUUGCUUAAGUCCACAGCUACCUAGAUCGCUUGCCAUCAUCGACAAUGGGGGAAAUGAUGGAACGCCUGUGGUGAAUUCGAAGAAUGACCAAAGACGCCUGCCUGUUAAUGUUGGCGUGAACUCCCUCUUGCCUCACGUCGUGCAACAAGCCGAGACCUGGGAGGUGGGCACGGUAAAAGCUACUUCCUUACAUGCUUUCACUUCCCACCACCGUGUAGGCCUGUCCUCCAUCGGCCGUUAUAUUUUCGAUUUAGAUACACAAACUUUAAUUCUAUACUAAUUUCAAGUAAUUCCACCUUCUUAUUCUCCGUCAUACAAGCAAAACGGCCGAUGGAGGACAGGCCUACCACCGUGUUCAAACUUAUCAGAGGUCAAUACACCGUGGACGAAAAAAUGUCCGCAACACAAACGCACGGGCAACUAUAGCGUUCUCAGUGUACAAGAGGAGCCUGGUCCUGGUCGCUGCCCGCCACCUAGAACUGAGCGUAUAGCCACGGGGCCAGACGCAGAAGCCAAUGCAGGGAACACCGAGACAAGGAGCGAUCGUGGUGAAGUCACUUUCAUCUCGUUCUUCAUUUCUUCUAGGCACCCUCGCGCCAACUUGCCAAUGCACACGACUUUACACUAUUCCAGGCUUUGCAAAAUCGAAUGGAUUCAGUCGCUUCAGACCUCGCUCCGCCACACGGAACUGCCGAUCCGUGAGUUGUCCGAAGACUAUAAUCAGUGUACUACGCCGACGACGCAGAUGUGAUCGACCCGCCUUCGAUGCGUGGGAGCUACGCACCGGGCCGGCGUCAGAGCGAACACGCUUUAAAUAUCCAAUCUACGGUAUUUGAACCACGCAUGUAUGUAUGCAUAGAUAGUGCAUGUCGCACCAACACUCUAUUGAGGUAAACCUUCCCUGCGGAGCGGCGUGGGAGGGCCGAAAGAGGGAUGCUCACCGCUUUGGUGAACAUACUGGCGUUGUCUCGGGUUGGUUUAUAUAGCAGGACCAUGUUUCAACUGGGUCAGAAAGGGGGAAAAAAACAUGUCAUCAACAUCAUUUUUUUUACAAAGAAGACCGUGAGGUGAAUCCAUCAGUCUAGGGAUCGAUGGGGGAGGUCCAGGCCGUGGUAGCGCCGUCGGAGCACCUGCAGGGCAGGCAGUGAUCGCGCUGUCGUCGUCAUCAUCGUCGUCGUCG